GAGGCUGCGGAGGAGGUGACGAGGCGCGUCCACUCGCUGUCGGGGAAGAAGGACGGGCUGGUGCCCAUGUUCAUCAACACCCACAGUGGCCUCUUCACGCACAUGGGCGUGUUCACGUUGGGCGCCAGGGCCGACAGCUACUACGAGUACCUUCUGAAGCAGUGGAUCCAGGGCGGAAAGAAGGAGACCCAGUUAGUGGAAGACUACCUCGAAGCCAUCGAGGGAAUCAAGAGGCACCUGCUGCGCAGGUCUGAGCCCAGGAAGCUCACCUUUGUGGGGGAGCUCGCCCAUGGCCGCUUCAGCGCCAAGAUGGACCACCUGGUGUGCUUCCUGCCAGGGACGCUGGCUCUGGGCGCCCACCACGGCCUGCCCGCUGACCACAUGGAGCUGGCCCGGGCGCUCAUGGACACCUGCUACCAGAUGAACCGUCAGAUGGAGACGGGGCUGAGCCCCGAAAUUGUGCACUUCAACCUGUACCCUCAGAGCGACCAGAAGGAUGUGCAGGUCAAGCCGGCCGACAGGCACAAUCUGCUGCGGCCCGAGACGGUGGAGAGCUUGUUCUACCUGUACCGCCUCACGGGGGACCCCAAGUACCAGGACUGGGGCUGGCAGAUCCUGCAGAGCUUCAACACGUACGCACGGGUCCCCUCGGGCGGCUACUCGUCCAUCAGCAACGUCCAGGAUCCCCUCAAUCCCCAGCCCAGGGACAAGAUGGAGAGCUUCUUUCUGGGGGAGACGCUCAAGUACCUGUAUCUGCUCUUCUCCGACGACCCAGACCUGCUCAGCCUGGACGCCUACGUGUUCAACACCGAGGCUCACCCCUUGCCCAUCUGGGUCCCGCCCAGGGGGGCCUGA